UUUGAGGUGUGAAAAAAAAGAAGAAGUUUUUUUGUUUCUUUUUUCUGUUUGUAAUAAAAUCUGGGGAAAACAUACAAAAGAAAAAAAGAAAAGUUUAUUUUUUAAAGUUAACACCUUCACUUUCUUUUUUUUUUCAAAUAAAAAAAAGUUGAAAUAAAUGACACAAAUAAGAGUUGCGGCACGUGCAAGUGUUGCAGGAUCAACAAGAAGAGAAACAAUUAGACGUACCCAGAGUAUGAAAAGUACACCAAAAUCACCAACAGAAAUAGAUGUGGGAACAACAAGAACGGCAAGUUCAUCAACAGAACGGAACCCAAAGAAAAAAAAGAAAAAGAAAAAAGGAUUUCUCGAAUUUGGACCUUUACGUUUUAUUUCUUCACCAAAAGAUGAAGGUAAACGUUUAAGACCAACAUCCCUUCAAAGACAAGAUACUAUUGGAAUACAAAAACCUGGGCUUAGAGCAAUGCUUUAUGGAUUGACUUUAAAAAUGGAAAAAGAAGAAAAAUUACAGAAGAAAUUGACAAGAAAAAGAGAAGGUAGUAGUAAUUAA